UUCCGCUGUUUCUUUUCUUUUCUUCCUCAAAACUGGUCCACGCAAGUGUCCUGACAAACCGCUAGCCUUGGGCGAAAAUAAUAAUAAAAAGAGUUGGUAAUAAAAAUGGUGCUCACCGGAGAUUCCUUCACCGGAAUUUCCACUACCUACGACCGCUACCAAGAACUCAAAUCAUUCGACGAGUCAAAAUCCGGUGUCAAAGGUCUUGUCGAUGCCGGCAUUACUAGUGUCCCACGAAUUUUCAUCCGCCCACCUGAGGAACUGGCCGCCGGCUACUACAUGUCAAACGAGCACGUCAACGCCCACUUUGUUGUUCCAGUUGUCGACCUGGCAAACAUGGAGAGCAGGCGCUCGGAAGCGGUUGAUGGAAUCCUGAGGGCCGCGGAGGAGGUGGGGUUUUUCCAGGUAGUGAACCAUGGGGUGCGCAAUCGGGUGCUCGAAGGGAUGUUGGCGGCGGCACGUGGGUUCCACGAGUUGCCAAGGGAGGUAAAGGAGAAGUACUAUACCAGAGAAUUGAUGAAGAAGGUGAAGUAUGGGAGUAAUUUUGAUCUGUACGAAUCAAAGUACGCUAAUUGGAGGGAUACUUUGUUUUGUGUGAUGGGACCUGAGUCACUCGACCCACAAGAGUUGCCUCUUGUUUGCAGAGACCCUAUAAUGGAGUACUCAAAACAAGUCCACAAAUUAGGCACAGUUUUGUUUGAAUUACUAUCCGAGGCACUUGGGCUCGACCCUGACUAUCUGAAAGAGAUGGAUUGUGCAAAAGGGCAUGCUCUACUGAGUCACUACUAUCCAGCAUGCCCUGAACCACAGUUGACAAUGGGCACCACCAAACAUUCUGACCCUGAUUUCCUUACUAUACUACUCCAAGACCAUAUUGGUGGACUCCAAAUUUUUCAUCAGAAUUGUUGGAUUGAUGUUCCUCCUGUGGAUGGAGCUCUUGUGGUAAACAUUGGAGAUCUUUCACAGCUGAUAUCAAAUGACAAGUUCAAGAGUGUGGAGCACAGGGUAUUGGCAAAUCGUACUGGUCCCAGAGUUUCCAUAGCCUGCUUUUUCACUCCACAUCUUUACCCAUCAACAAGGACGUAUGGCCCAAUCAAGGAGUUACUGUCUGAAGAAAAUCCUCCAAUAUAUGGUGAAACCACUGUGAAAGAUUUUAUUGCCUACUAUGAUUCAAAAGGACUUGAUGGGAAUUCUGCUCUUACACAUUUCAAGCUACAAAAGUAGCUGCACCAUACAAGGUUACGUUGCCCUCAUCUCUAGUCCUUACGAAAUGUUAAUUUAUGUUGCUACUGAUAGGAAUGCAUGAGUUCAGAAGAUGAACUUGUUUUCAGAUAUUAAAUGUCAUUUGUAGCAUUGAUGUUUUUGGAAAAAGUUUUCAAUAAGAUGGAAUGCUCCAAUUCAUAGAUUAA